AUGUCUGGUAAUCAGGUUUGUUUGGCACUGGGAGAGCGAAACUAUGUUGCUAGCAAGGACUGGUAUCAUCAUUUGAAGUUAUACCCAGAGGAUGAGUCUGGUCCUUUGUCCACUAAGAAGCCUGUUGUCGCAGAAUCCUACGAUGAAAUUGUUUUCCUUGAGCCUUCAGAGGGUCUCUUAUCCCAAAUGAAAAAUCAUCCUGCAGUUAUUGUGCCCAGACCACCUGCAGACAUUACUUUGCCUCCUGCGGCAAGAUGGUGGUUGGCAAUGUUGACUAAGUGGAUGCAAUGUGGUUUUGGAGUUGGUGGAUUAUGGACGCAGGCGGUAAUCGUGGUGGAAAGAGGUGUGGUUUAUAGUGGAUAUGGGUGGAGGGAUUUUGUGGUUGUGAUGGUAUGGAAACAGUAA